UAAAUAAACAAACGUAGGAGCUCAGGAUGUCCUUUCUGGUGCGUUCGUUCCGCUCCUCGAAUGUGUUUCACAUUCUGAAAAGGACCUUUCAGUGCCCCUUAACCGAGAGCCAACGGAGGGGCUAUGGACGCCUCAACAAUCACAUCGGUUUUACACCGGCGCUUACGCUUCACGCAGCGGGUUCGUUAUACAACCAUCAACCACAGUGUGGCAAGUCAACCAAAAAGGUCACCAACAGUGGUCGCCGUGGUCAGCCUAGGAAAUCGUCGAUCGUCGACGAGGAAGAGGAUGCUGAGGAGGCCGAGAACGAGACGACGGCGUACGACGAUCUGAUCGGUGAUAAGCACAGCCGGCUGGUGAAGGUUACGGUCAAUUCACUGCGUGCCGAUUUGCUUCUGAAAGCCGGCCUAGGGAUUGCGCGUAACAAAGUGGAGGCACUGUUCUACGAGAGUAAGAUACGAGUUAACGGGAAGAAACUGCUGAAGAAAAGCUCACAGUUGGAGCAGGAGGACGAGAUCGAUGUGAUCCGGGGUGUGAGUCCCAACAACCCGGACUAUUUGAUCGUGUGCCGCGUCGAAAUACUGUCCGUAGAACCGCGCACCGAAAAUCUAGUCGUUACCCUGCGCCGACAGAAUUCCCUGGUCAUAGAAAACUAUCCAGAAUCCCACAGUAAAUAAGGUGCUUCGCGUGCUCGCAACAAAUGGAUUUUGUCCGAGGCAAACCGGACAAAUUUUCAGUAGAGUUUAACAGCGUGUGUCCACAUCGUGUGAGCGCGAUUGCUGAUGUGUAUGCGGUGUUUUUUUGUUUUAAAUAAAAUCAUAAACUGUACAAACAUC